UUAUUAUAUUAUAUAUGGGCCGAUCGGUAUUCCACUCUACUCGCGAGAAACGUCUUUAAGGUUAAGUCGAAGUGCGAUUUGAUAUAAAAGCACUGUAGUCAGAUUUCGAGGAGGAUUAUUUUGAGCAGUUUGACGGAUGCGUGUUCUUUUUGAACCAAAGGGUGUUCAGCCUUCGGCUAUUUCUUUGGGACAUCCUAUUCAUGCGACGCCAAUCUUCACAUUCUGAACAGCACCGGUCGACAGUGACAGUUGGACACUACGACAGGCGCACGAGGACGAAAGAGAGGGCAAGGCGACACCAUGAACGCCGGUAGAAUAUGCCUGGUACUGCUGGCACUCGUGCUUCUGGCAGUCUCACCCACCAAAGGAAAGAAGGUCCUUCUCAUAGGAUUCCCCUUCACGAGUCACAUGAACGAGCUGAUGGCAGUCGGUCGGGAAUUGGUCUCCAAGGGACACCAAGUUUACGCCAUCAUGGAUGUGAAUAAGCUGGGUGAGAAACGAUUCCAGGGUACUGGGCUGAAAUUCUUGACCUACGAUUCCCUGGACAAGGAGCAAAAGGCAAUUGAAGAGGUUGAGGAGAAGUGGCCAGAAAUAUGCUUCCGUACCCAGACGACCAGCAUUAAGGCGAUGAUGGAUGCACUGGCGAGUAUAAUUCAGCCCAUUGGGACAUACGAAUGCUCACGUAUGCUCAGUGAUGAUAAACUGCUCCAGCAAAUACGCGAUGUAAACUUUGAUAUCUCUCUCCUCGAUGCCAUCUAUUACUGCAGCUACUUGAUUCCGUUCAAGCUGGACAUUCCUUACGUGUCAAUGGGAAGCUUCAAUCAUGUUUGGAAGUCACGUCUGCACCCUGUCGCUUCACACCAGCCGUGCAAGAUUGAGCGGGACAACAGUUUUACCAACCGGCUGAAACACUUCUUCCUCGGUAUGAUAGUCGAGCAUAAUCUUCCCGAUCUUUUCAUGGAUCAGAGUAAAUUUUUAGACUACGAUACGCCAAGGCCUUACAGUUCCCUUUCCGAGCUUGUUGAAAAGUCGUCUCUGUUUUUAAUCAAUCAGAAUACCGUUGGAAGCUGCGCAGCGCCAUCAACGCCGAAUGUCAUUUAUGUUGGUGGUUUGACGAACAAGCCCGCGAAGCCAUUGAACGUUGAAUACAGCCAAAUUGUUGCCGAAGCAAGGGAUGGUGUCAUCGUGAUGUCAUUUGGGUCAGGCAUGUCUAAAAUGCCAAAGGAAUUUGUGAGAAAAUUCAUGUGGGCAUUUGCUCAGAUUAAACAGGUUGUGAUCUGGCGUUUGAAGACGACCUAUGAUCUUGAAGUUCCACCGAAUGUCAACAUUGUUGAUUGGAUGCCGCAGAAUGAUCUCCUGGCAGACGACAGGGUCCAAUUGUUUAUAACCCACUGUGGAAACAACGGACAGUAUGAAGCGAUUUACCACGGAGUGCCCAUGAUAGGUUCUCCACUCUAUGGAGACCAGGCCGACAACGCCGCGAGGAUGGUCCACAAAGGUUACGGGUUGCAGAUUCAGAUCGCUUCAUUCACGGCAGAGGAACUGCUUGAGAAAAUAAACGAAGUCAUUAGAAACCCCAAAUAUCGCGCCAACAUGAAGAUAGCAUCGAAGAUCCACAAGAGCCUCCCAGACCCGAUAAGACAGUCCGUCUACUGGAUCGAACACGUCAUGGAACACGGAGACGGACACUUGCGCACCGUCCUGAGCGAGAUGAGUCCGACAGAGUUCCUCAUGUUUGAUAUUUUCGCGGUCUUGUUUGUACUUCUUGGGGUAGUUGCGUUCCUUUUGAAGUUAUUGUUAUGUUUUGUAUAUCGGAAAUUAUCAGGGUCCGGCUCGCUAUCCGACAGAUCGAAGAAACAAAAUUAGAGUGAGAGUCCACGCGUCGGGAGUCAUUUUGAUUUGAGUGGGGAAAGCACUGUCGCGAUAAGUACCGAUGUGGCGUUUUUGGUUGUUUAACAAUCAAAAAAUCAAUACCAAAGAGAUUAAAAAGCAAAAAAUCCUUGGUCAUUGGAACACUCUAUGAUGGGACAUUUUAACAGUUUGCUCGCCGCAGCGUUGUGAUCAAUCCGUAUUGAUUGAGUGUAGACAUCUUUAGGUCACUCGUAGAGACACUACAUGUAUACAUCUGACACGACUGCUCCCCAUUAACGACCAAAAUGAUGUGGUUCUUUCAGGGUAAACGUAGGUCGUUAACUAAGACUUUGACCGCCUGCUGUCUUCUUGUAUCACGUUUAAUGGCGCACACAAUCUCAAUCGAAAAAACGUGCCCACCUGUCUUCAGCGUUCUCAAACCAUGAGGUGAAAGAAUACAUAUAUUUCUUAAAAAGCGAAGUAAAUGAUGUACAUAUCGCUCACAUUUUGCAAGUAGGUAAUCAAUUUGUAAAACCUUGUUUUGAAAUACAUGUACAUACAGUGUU